AUGCAGAAGGAUAACACUAGCACCCCAUUAACACCAACUGAUCGGGUUCGACAUCGAAGACGUUCAAAUGAGGUUGUUCCAGAUGUUAGUAUAGCUAAUGGAGGCAAUUUACUUGUUGAUGACAGUAACAAGUACAGGCUCUUCUUCUUCACUGCCAUGUUAUUUGUAUAUGGUCACAUUCUCAGUCAACGACUUUUUAAUACUAUAACUUCGGACAACUUUCUCCAUCAGUUUGUUAGCAGCCUUAUCAAGUAUCAUAUGGUUAUCUGCUACACCUUAUAUAUCGCAGGUUUUGUGUGGUUCAUCAUUACAUUGAAGAAGAAGAGGAUGUACAAAUAUCAAUUUGGUCAGUAUGCAUGGACACACAUGAUCAUGAUUAUUGUGUUUACGCAGUCCUCUUUCACAGUAGCCAACAUUUUCGAAGGAAUUAUCUGGUUUCUUCUUCCAGCAACACUUAUAGUUAUCAACGACAUUGCUGCAUAUUUCUUUGGGUUCUUUUUUGGAAGAACCCCAUUGAUCAAAUUAUCUCCAAAAAAAACUUGGGAGGGAUUCAUUGAUGCUUCUGUUACAACUGUCAUAUCUGCAUUUUUGGUAAGCUUAUUUUUCCUAUGCGAUGCACAUUUAGUAUUCUUGUGCAUAUUCCUGAGAUUUAGGAACUGUAGCAUUACAAAGUUAAAUUUAGUUUCCUACUCAGUUAUAAAGUGAUGGCUGUGGUCCAGC